GCGAGGUUUUGGUCUUGUCUUUCUUUAUAAGUUGUAGCUUUCUGAUAAGAAUUUGUGAGAUCGUAGAAAAUUGAAUUGCCAAUAUGAAGCAAAAGAUUGUGAUGAAGGUAGAUAUGACGUGCAAGAAAUGUCAGAAAAAGGCACUCCAGGUUGUAGCUGAAGCAAAUGGCGUGAGCUAUGUGGGCUUAGGAGCGCAGAAAGAUAGAGUGGAGGUGAUUGGGGAUGGAGUUGAUGCUCUAAAGCUGGUUAAAAAUUUGAGGAAGAAAGUUGGGCAAACCGAUAUCGUCAGUUUAGAGGCGAUAAAAGCAAGCUAGAGAGAGAGCUUAAUAUUAUGUAGACUUAAUAGCAAGAGUUUCUUGAAGAUUUUUAUUUAUUUUGUUUUCCCUUAUCAUCAAGAUGUUAAGGAUUUAUGCAGUUGAGAUGCCUUAGCAGAGGAUCAAUAUGAGUAUGUCUUUGGUAAA